GCUUAUAAAAAUGUUAGUUUUUCAACGUUUCCAGCAGGUGAAGAUUUUAAUUGAAAUUUAAAUAAUAUCAUACUUAAGCAAUGCUUAAUAUGAACUGUAACUCUAAUUAUCAUUAAUGAUAAUUUACAACUUCUCAUGACAUUUUUUGUAUUUUGAUACGUUGAAGAUAAAGAACUUUUUUCGUCGGUGUCUAAGAGUAUUCACAUGCUGCGUUUCAAAAAAAAAGGAAGCAUAAUAAAGAUGGUAUCUUAGCUCAAUCUGGCUCAGAAGUUAUGGAGUAUGAUAAAUAUCCAAAUAGUAAUAAUCAAACAGAGUUGGUCCCAAUACAAAAUAUUGAUAUCAAUAUUCAAAACGUAGUGUUAGUAGAUGAAUUAGUAAAUGAAGAAAAAAGUGAAGAAGGCACUGAGGAGCAUAGCAUGAUUCCUGUGGAAUGUGUGAAGUCGGUAGCAAAUACGAGCUGUUUUUGCACGACAAACAUUGAAACCGAGAAUGACAAUUCAAACUGUACGACUGAAGACAACGUAACUGUUGAUGAAGAAGCCGGUUUGAAUACGCCCAUGAACAAAGAAGGCUUUAUACGUUACUUUGGAAAGUAUAAUGAAGCUGGAAAAAUUAUUACAAAUGAUGGGAAAUAUUAUUAUUUCAAUAGAGAAGAUAUAGUUGGUAUUUAUCGAUAUUACAGAUCUCCACAAAAAGCUAAGUUUGUUGUUUGUGCUUUGCGACCAAAUUGGGCGAAGAAUAUAGAGAUAAUCGGAGAAAUUUAUGGUCAAUGGUAAAUGGUCAAUGUUUUAACAGUAAAAAAAAAAUUUACUUUUUUUGUACCUACAGAUGCUAUAUUGUUUAACGUUUGGUCACUAUACAGAGUAUGCAGCUAGAUGUUGACUCUUUUAAUUUUUACUAUCCUUACAUGUAACGUACCAAAACAAACUUGUUGUUUGUACUAUUUAUUUAGUUAGUAAUUAAAUUUAAUACGUUAAACAGAUUGUACUAUUUAAGGUAAUAAUAAUGAUAUUCAAUGAAUUUGUUUAUAUGAAAUAUAUAUCUCAAUGUUUUG